CUCAGCAAGGCGCUGUCGGAGAGAGUAGGCUGCGGAAAUGAUUCACUAGUGUUUUUAGCAGCCCUGGGCCCCGCCCUAGAGCUGCUGUUAGCCGAGAUGCUGAUCUGUUUCUUCUUGGACACCCUGGGUAAAGGCUGUGCAUUCAUUGCAGUGCUGCUGGUGGUUUUCCAGUGGACUUCAGAAGCAGCAGGACUUCUAGAAAGAAAAGCUGCAGCCGUGGGAUCCUCGGUGCUGCUAUCUGCCCCAGACAACAUAAAAGACAUCAACUUCAUCCAGUGGGAAUAUCAAAAUGGCACCACAUGGUACUUCAUUGUGCAGUACUAUGUCGGGUCACAAAAGCCAACACUCUAUCCUCCCUAUGAAAACAGAGUAGUUUUCUAUUUGCUCAAUGGCUCCCUCUUGCUGGAAAACCUACAAGAGACAGACAGCCGGGUCUACAAAGCCAGUAUCAAUCUGAUCGAGAGCGAAGCCAGGACAACCCUUCUGAAAGUUCUCAGGCCUGUGUCCCAGCCUCAGAUAUGGAGCAAUUCUAGCCUGGCAGGUUCACCGACUGAGUUAUUCUGCAACGUGCCGGAGGGAACAGUGGAAAACAUUGACUGGGAGAAAGAAGGAGGCCCUCUCCUCCAGGAAAGAUGUUACCUUCUUUCUGAAAAUGACAGUGUGUUGCACAUUGGGAAAGUGGGCAAAUUAGACUGUGGCUCCUAUUCCUGCAAUGUCAGCAAUGAGAUCAGCUGGCAGGAAUCCUCGCUGAACUUGACCAUUGUCGGUAUCUCGCCUCCGCUAGAACAUGCUUUGAAAAUGUCUGCUAUUGCUGUGGUGUUUGCUCUGGUCUCUGGGAUGGGCUUCUUUGUCUUGUGCUGCCAGUCAGAAAAGCAAAGAAUCAAGGGGGAGAACUGGAGAUGGAUGGUAAUAUUCAUUCAGGUUCUGGUGUGUGUCUCUUCCAUCUUGCUGUUCGCUGCAACUGUUCUCUGGAUGCAUGAGGAAGGUCCCUCUGCUGCCUUCAUACUGCUUGAGAUUUUGCUUGUGUAUGUGAUAAAAGUAACGGCCCUGAUAUCAGCAACGUUGGUGUAUCAGCCUGCAAAGCUCAGUGGAUUUAAGACCAAACCAUGGCAGCGUGUCAUCCUGGACUCAGCAGCCCCUGGAGCAGUGAUAUUAGUGGUCCUGUUUGCCAGCCUCCUACUCCAGAAAAUCUCUCAGCUCCAAGACAGAGGCUGCUCACAGACUGUAGAUCUGACAGGCUACGCAGUCACCUCAGCUGUAAUCUCUCUCUUUGGCCUGAUAACCCUCUUCAUUUGGUAUCACAGGAGCCAAAGAGACCAAAGAGAAAAUAAACGACAUUCCAAAGAGGAAGCAGACCAGGAGGUGCAGCAGGAGCUUCGGGAAGACAUGCUGCAGCGGCCGUAAAGAGCAUUCCCUAGUCUCAUGCCACUAGGAAUGAUCCAGAAGAAGCUACAAUCAAAUUUGGAAACCUGUCGUCAUUAUGGCCAGCUCUCGGAAACACCCAUACCUAAGUCUGGUUAAGGCUUCCUCUUGCAAGCCUGUGUGGUUGGUUGCUUAUAAACGUUGCCAAAAUUUAACCACCUGGGUUGAAAUUUUCACUGUCAGGACUCUACUCAGGCUCAGUCCCCCCUCCCACCCCAGAAUUUCACUAAAAAAUGGCUCCGCUGUUGCUGUUUCCCUUAGGGGGAAUAGGAACUUUUCUGCUAAUGUUAACCAAGUAUUUUUCCACACAUUUCUUUGAAGUACUUUCGUUCCUCUGUGUUUUUUAAGCAGGGAUUUGAAAUUGGGCAAAGUGACAGGCUGGGGUCAGAGGUGCCUUUUAAGAUUCUCAUGAAAACACUUAAGGCUAGUCUAAACUAUAAGCGCUAUAGCAGUGCAGCUGCGCUGCAGCGUGUCUGGUGAAGAUGCUCUAUGCCGAAGAGAGAGAGCUGUCCUGUCAGUACAGUGCUGUUCCCAGGAGCACUUAGGUCAGUGUAAAUUAUGUCGAUGAGAGUGGUGGCUUGUUCACUCUGCUUUUCCACUGCCUUGGGUUAACAAUUCUCUGCACAUCAGAGCUUUUAUUAGCGGGAGAGGCCUCUUCCUGGGGGAGUAUCAGUCUAACUCCCCACCCUGCCCCCCCACCGCCAUUCAUUUGCAGAUGUCUGUAACUAAGAGGUAACACAGGAUCACUCCUACCAGGACUGGUUGCAGAAUACAGCCCUGUAGGGUAACAAAGUGACUGGGAGUUGGGUUUGCCAUCUCAGUUUUGUUGAAGAUGGACAAAGCACACAGAGGUAGCAUGACUAACCAUUAGCCCCAGGGACGGCCUUAGGGCCAGGCAAACAGGACCCAUGCCCAGGACGCUGUAGCCAGGAGAGGCGACAAAAGGGGAUCUGGCCUCCCUUGGCCUGCUGUGACUGGACUCCUCUCUUCUCCAUCCCCUCCUUCGCACUGGAGCGUGGGCUUCUCCCU